CGCUUUGGAUACAAGCGUCUAACAAAUGACAUGUAAUAAUAUGAAAUGAAGGAGACAAAACCAGACUGGGCUCCAUCUGUACUGCUGGGGCACUCAGAAGUCAAGGUAUCAACAUGUGGACGUUUUGACACAAGAGUCCACAGAGAGAAGACGAAGCUACCACCCACAGUAGAGGAAUCAAAAGACUGAAUGUGACUUUUGUAAGGUUCGGCAAGAGGAAAUCAACCGCCUGCAGGAAGAAAACACUAGUCUGAGGUUGGAGCUAGAAAAGAGGAAGCUGGGUGAAAAGUUUCUGCAAGAUGCUAAUUCCUGAAAUCAAAAACUUCACAGGACUUCCAUGUUUUGCCAUAUGCUCAUGUUUGCUAUAUCACGCCUCCUCAAACAUCAAGAAUCAGCUACGAUCCUGUGUCUAAGGCUGAAUCUCCACGUCCAACACUUGGAUCACCUCUUCUGUGUUGACAGAAAAACAAUCUCCACCAGAUUCAGAGACGCCAUACGUCUGUCUUAUCCCUUUUGUGUAAUCCUUCAGGGAAAAUAGAGUACUUGCAGGGCACUAUGCCACAUCAGGUUGUGGAGCCUUUUGGAAAUCUUGUUGCAAUCGUUUUAGGCUGGUCCCUUAAUUUAGUCUGACUGUGGGUUUGAUAUAAGGGACUGAGUGCAGGACUUAAGGACAGACAUAAGGUGUUUGACAAUACCUUUAACAUUCUCAAAUGGACUUGGGUGGUGUCAUAUUGGCUGAUCUCAUUGAAAACAUGGAUAAGAAAGCAACCUGGGACCGCUUCUAUGCUGAGAACAGAAACAGGACAACCACCUUCAAAAACUUUGAGUGGUUCUUCGGAUUCGAUGCCAUCCGGGACUUCAUCAUGCCAUCCUUGCAGACCAAGUCCCACGGAGACGCUCUGCUCCACGUCCUGGAUAUGGGCUGUGGCACUUCUGCUAUAGGGCCCUGUAUUUACAGACACUCCCAUCUCCCGGUACGGGUCACGUGUGCGGACAUCUCUCCCAUAGCUGUGAGACAGAUGCUGGAACACAUCCAAGCCAAUACCAUCCAACCUCACAAUGCUUCCUCUCAGCUUGAGUUUGUAGAGCUGGACUGCAUGGAGCUUCAGACACGCUAUGUCUGUAGAAGUGUGGACCUUAUAGUGGAUAAGGGCACCACAGACGCCUUGCUGAGGUCCAAGGAGGGCAAAGGGAAGGCUGGUCUGGUGCUGAAGCAGUGUUUGAAGGUGUUGCGUAGCUCAGGGUCGCUGCUCCAGUUCUCCGAUGAAGACCCUGAUGCCAGGCUCCUGUGGCUGGAGACUGAGGCCCAGGAGGCGGGGGUGAUGUCAUCAGAUGUUAGUGUGCAGGAGGUGGGGGAGCUCAGGGGAAUGACUUACUACUGCUACCAGGGAGGGUCCCAAAGGUGUUCCAGGAGCCACCCAGGCCCAGUUUGGUUCGUCACUUGCCCGCUACACUGGCACACACAUUACACCCUUAUAUGUACUGUAUAAUAUAUUGUCUUGUUUCCUGUGGUGGUGUCUUGAUGAUUGUUGGGAUUUAAUAAAUGCAUCGCUAACCUGACAUGUCUCCUCUCUUUAGUAGCAUUUCCUGAGCCGGUUUGUGACAGUUAAGACUUAAAGUAAAGAGUAAAUGAGUAUGUAAUUUACUUCUUUUUAAGUAUAAAGAUCAUCACAAACAUUUUCAUCUUUAAUUUGCACAAGUGCGGAUGUGCUGACAUACAGUAGGUCAACAUCUCUGUUUGAGUAGUACGGUUUAUGACCAAAUACAUGCAGUGUUAAUAACAUUCCCACCAGCCUCAGCUAUUAUAUUCAGUGCUAAUUAAGAAACACUAACUAAGAUGGUGAACAUGGGAAACAUACCAUUACAUUACAUGUUUCUUGUUAGAUGCUUUUAUCCAAAGCGACUUACAUACUGUGGGCAAUCCCCACAGGAACAAUCUGGGGUGAAGUGUCUCGCCCAGGGACACAACGACAUGCUGACUGCAGUGGGGUUUGAACUUGUGCUCCCCUGAUCCGAACACCAACGCUCUAUCCACUGCGCCACACGCCCCCCAGCUGAGCAUUAGCAUCAUGUGCAUGUUAGCCUUUUGCACUGCUGUGCCAUACCUUCACUGGUUUCAUGUAAAUCAAAGUAGAACAUACCUUAAUAAACAGAUUUCAAAAGCAAGCAAAAAAAACAAAAACAAUCUGAAUGAUUUGAUUUCUGAUUUUCUAUUACUGUUACAUCGCAAGUGACUUUUUAACUGUAGCCUAUCAUUUACUUCAACUGUUUUUGUGGGUUUUUUCACUUCUUACAUUCAAUCUAAUGGUUAUACACACAUAAAAC